GAGGGGGCUCUGACAAUGGCCCAGGACCACUCUGUCUCGGGACUCAGGCUUCACUUCUCCUUCUUUCCGCUCCUGCAGCUCCAUCUCUCCAAAAUGGCCGAGGGCGAGUUCACACCAGACCAGAUCGAGGACUUCAAGGAGGCUUUCGGCCUCUUCGACAGAGUCGGCGACAGCCAGGUGGCUUUCAACCAGGUGGCCGACAUCAUGCGCGCCCUGGGCCAGAACCCCACCAACAAGGCGGUCAACAAGAUCCUGGGAAACCCGACCGCUGACGACCUGGCCAACAAGAGGGUCAACUUCGAGGCCUUCCUGCCCAUGCUGAAGGAGAUCGACGGCCAGCCCAAGGGCACCGUGGACGACUACAUUGAGGGUCUGCGCGUCUUCGACAAGGAGGGCAACGGCACGGUCAUGGGCGCCGAGCUGCGCAUCGUGCUGGCCACCCUGGGAGAGAAGAUGACCGAGCCCGAGAUCGAGGCCCUCAUGACCGGCCAGGAGGACGAGAGCGGCACCGUGCACUACGAGGCUUUCGUCAAGCACAUCCUGUCGGUGUAAGAGGCCUUCAGAAGGAGUGCUGAUGAAGCCCAACGGUGUUCAGGACAUCUACACAACAUCAAAGACCAACCAAGGAAAGACAAGGACUAUGUACAAGGGAUGUUGAAGCAGACCCAUCUUGUUGUUUCUUUUUGUUUUCCUUUCCAUUUCGUCUCAACCACCCCCCCCCACCCCACCCCCCCUCCUUGCUUCGGGUCAUUGCCCCUACAUUGAAGACCAUCACUUGGCCUCUACUCCACCCAGGGAGGCGCGUCUCCACUCGCCAGCAUGGGGUGAGGAACCGGGGGAGAAGGGAUGACCGCUCAUUAAGUGAGGGUGGAUCCCUCCCUUCCCACCGCCACCUCAUUCAGUCUCGCCACCACUGGUCCCAGCAAAGCCAAAGGUGCUGGGGAAUGGUUGUGGACGGGCCGCCAAAAUUCUCCCGCCUCCCUGAAAAGUUUUAUUUAUUGUCACUCUGUUCAUUUCAGAAUAAACUUUUCCAACGUACAUCCCA